AUGGCCGUUCAGAUGGCGACUAAUCAGGAGGUCCUCGGGCGAAGCCAAGAACUGGUGAAGGCCUUCAAACAUCCCUUCCGCAGGCAAUUAGACCAGAAUGGUCGCAUGCAAGUGAAUUUUGAUCUGAUCAAAGGGCACACACCAGCCAUUCGCAACGGUGAAGUGGAUUUCAACUUUCAAGGUCAGAACUUCCUGGAGCUGGCCAUCAGCAACUUCCCCAGGUUCUUCGUUGACGAAUAUGUGAAUUUGCUGUUGACUUCUGGAGCCUCGGUGAACAACAAAUCCAUGGAUCGCUACACACCACUGCUCAGCGCCUGUGCGCGCGGCUUUAGCAAGAUUGCAGAAACAUUGCUGCAACAUGGAGCCAAUCCUGAUGCAGCACACCAUGGAGACGAUGCUUUACGUUCUGCGUUGAAGUUUUUCCAGGCCUGCGUCGUGGAACAUUCUUGUGAAAGGACCGAAGACCUGCAACUGGCGAAAUUCUGUUGUCACCUUCGCGAUUUGAAGAUCCAACGAAUUCUUCCAACUCUAACACCUUUGGAGCAAGCGCGAUUGAAAUUGUCGCAGGUAGCCACUGAGAUGGCGGUGCUGGCAGUUCCGGGAUUUGAGCUUUCACAGCUGAAGGUUUUGCAGAAGAGUGGUCUCGAGGGAGUUGAGGAGGAUUUCGGCGCGGCCUUGUGGGCCGGUUGGCCUUGGGCGUUCCUCACCUUUGAGUCCGAGCUUCCAAAAAAGUGUGCUGAUUAUGACAAGUACUUCGUCUAUGCAAGGGCCAGGGUUAUGGUCUACCAUGUUCAUGAGAGCUUGAACAAGCCACAAAGGACAGAUUCUGGCCUUGAUGACACGUCUUCGGAGUGUUCUGCAUAUUCCAGCAACUACUACCACUGCGACUGCCCAGCCUGCUGUUCCUGGAUGUACGACUUUCUGGGUGCCUUGGAAAAUGACUCGUUGAUGAGUCACUACGAGGCCUACAAGGAAUGGAAUCGAAAGUGGGACACAGCCAGAAACAACAAACGCCGUAGUCGACGUGUGCCUGUUGCCUCGGGUUCCAAACACACUUCCUACUCCUCGCGCUUGGCCAAGAAGAUGCCGGCUGCCUACCGGGGCUUCCACGUGGAACGAGCUCUUCAUGGCCAGCAACGAAAAGGAGGCAAAUUCCAGCUGGUGCAGCAGGAGCUGGAUUUCGACCUUUAUUGA